AUUGUCAUUGACCGCAAACGUUAUACUUCACAAGAGUUAGCAGUUGUGUUGAAACAAAAGGGUUUCUUUGUGAAUGUAAAAGAUACUCAUUAUACUGUUAUAAAGAACUCCAACAUUGACUUCUUCAGUAUUGCUUUAAAUCUUUCCGAACAGAAAGAAUAUAAGAAGUGUGAAACAUCUGUGAAAUAUUAUCCUUCAUCUCUGAAGACAAUAACGAACAAAGAUGUCAUACAAAAAUUCUUACCAAAAGUUGAAGAAGCUUCAAUUGACAUUAACGAAGGAAGUGAAAUGGUUGAAGAAAUUGACCCUGACGUUAUUUGA